GGGGUGGGGCGCUCAGUGACAGCUGAAGGCGGAAGCGCCGGCGAUGGCGGACGAGACCCUAUUUCAGCUGCUUCAUACGGAGGUGGUGGCGGCCGCCUAUGGCGGGGGCCGGGGCUCAGGAGACGAGGGACAGAGGACAGGCUUGACAGUCCUCGAGGGUAUGGGCUUCCGUGUGGGCCAAGGCCUGGCUGAGAGACUGCCCCGAGGGGCCCUGGUCUUCAGAGAGGAGCUGGACACCAUCAAGUUCCUAUGCAGGGACCUGUGGGGGGCUGUGUUCCGGAAGCAGACGGACAACCUCAGGACCAACCACCAGGGCACCUACAUCCUGCAAGAUAACAACUUUCCCUUCCUGACACAGAUGGCCUGGGGCCAGCAGUAUCUGGAGGAAGCACCCAAGUUUCUUGCCUUCACGUGUGGUCUUCUCCGGGGCACCCUCAGCGCCCUGGGCAUCGAGAGCUCCGUCACAGCCAGCGUAGCCUCCCUGCCUGCCUGUAAGUUCCAGGUGGUGAUUCAGAAGGCUUGAAAGGCCACAGGCCCAAGUACCAGCCUUUCCCCAUCUACUGAGGCAGGUUCUCAAUCCCAGCCCAGGCCCCAGAGAGCUGGCAGACACUGCUUUCUGAGAUCCUCCUUUCAUCCUAAUGGAAGCUUACAGAGUGCUUUACAUAGAUUCGAAGCACCCCAGGGAUUAGGUGAAGCAAUACCCUUACCCCAUCAUACAGAUGAGAAGACUGAGGCUCCGGGAGGGAACAGACUGCCAGGAGAUGCUGAAGCUGGAACAAUGAGUUUCUCUUCUUGGGGGCCUGAGCCUGGAGGAGGCCCCACCCUGGACCAGGAGGCCAGGUGCUCACUGCCUCCUAGAGUGGCCCAGUCUCUUUAUGGACAGCUCUGAUUUUGGGGAGGGCUGCAGAUCUCCAGAACAGAGCCCCUGCUUCUUGUGCCCCCAGGGAGCAAGGGGGAAAAAUCUGGGGCCCCUCCCUCAUGACAGCCCUUCCAGAGCCCUGACCUCCCAGCACACUCUUUCCUCCAAGCUUGUUUUCCCCAGGCCUUUCACCCCAUUGUGCCUUCCCAAGGUCUGCAGUCCUCUAACCAUCCUAGUCUCCACUUUCUGGACAGGCCCCUGAGAUGGGGGCCCAGAACUAAUCCUGUGUUCCCAGAGUGGUGGGAGCCCAGGAGGUCACCCAGCCAGGUUGGGAAUCUGAGGGACUGUUUGGGGCUGUGAAUGUUUGGUGGAACCACAGGAUUCUAAGGCUAGUGGUCCUAGAGUCCUGGGUCCUUAGAAGUCAGGGAGCCUGGGUGACAGCCAGUGUUGGGAGCUGUAAGGACCAUGGGCUCGGGGGGAUCGUUCAGUCCCAGAGUCUGAGGGGACCUCCCCAGAGGCUCAGAGCCAUGCUGAAGUUCUGGGAUCACUGUCUCCUCUCUCUAAUAAAGCCUGGUCCUGGCCCCCUGA